AUGUCGCGCCCCAAGAUCCUUUCUGCCACUGGCACCUCUGUCAAAAUCGAGCUCCCUACUGGGUGGUUUGUCAACAUCAGUGCUAUAAGCCGAAGGCCUUACAACCAACUCGUCACCAUUGACUUCGAUGUCGAGGGCGACGAGAAGAGCCACUACCUCAUUAACAAAUGGGGUCAGGCCAACGUUAACCAGGCUAUGCGAGACCUCGACUCCAGUGAGGAUGUUGUGACCAUCAUCCCGCAGAGAGAGAAGGUCGUUAUCGAUAUCAACACCUACUUCUCGACGACAUCCAAUGUCCGAGAAGAGGCAUUGAAGAACGACAAGUAUCGCAGCUCUCGAGCGAAUAUCCUUGGAACCACUAAGCCAUCUAAUGCACCCCCAGGCUUCCCUGACUACACUACCUACCUAAUCUUUGUGGAGGACAGCCCUCCCGACACUCAGGUCAAAGGCGCUCCCGAGUACGAUGAUGCGCUCAUCACCCUCAACAUCAUGGAAGGGGACGUCAAAAGCGUUCCCCCUCCUCCGAUCGACACCGGGUCUCAGGCUAUUAGUCAAACUGGAAAAGAGGCUGUUGAUCACUUCAUCAACCUCUACACCGAUCCCACCAUACCAGGCCCAUACAUCGACCCUGGCACUCUAACCCCGAAACCGAAACCCGAUCCUCCCUCUCCCUAUCCCGUUGGAAUCAUUGGUGCGGGCAUCGCGGGUCUCUACACCGCAUUGAUGCUUGACUCGCUCGGAAUCAAGUACGAGAUCUUGGAGGGCUCUGGUCGUGUUGGAGGCAGGCUCUACACGCACAGGUUCAGGAACCACGGCGAUGGCAAAUAUCAGUACUAUGAUGUCGGGGCCAUGCGCUAUCCCGACACCACGUUCAUGAGGAGGACAUUCGACCUGGCUCAGAAACGUUUGGGCAUUAAGAUGCUCCCCUACCUUCGCUCGAACGACAACGCGUUCAUGUGCUUCAACGGCAUUACCGUCACGAAGAAGCGGAACAACGAAGCUAACCUCGUUAAGGAAGACAUUUUCAAGGUCACUGAGGCCAAUGAUGGCCAGAUUCCCGAAGACGAAUUCAGGAAGGGCUCCAGCUACUUCUGGGACGAGAUCCUCAGAGAGUUCCGCCAAUACUUCGUCGACUACCCCUUCCCCCAGGCUUUUGAGAAGCUCAAGAGAUGGGAAGAACAUUCUGUCCGAAGCUAUCUUCUGGUCGUGAAGAAGAUCCCCUAUGUUGUCGUCGACUGGUACGAGAAGAUGGAAUCGCGAACUGGCCUCUUCGAUCAGUCUUUGACCGAGACUGUUCUCGCCUCUCUUGUCUUCAUGGACCCCAACAAGGCAAACCAAGAGGUCGGAUGGUUCUGCUUCGAUGGAGGCUCCGAGGUUCUCCAUGAAGAAAUCAGGAAGAAACUCAGUACCCAACCCAAGUUGCAUAUGCGCGCUGUCCAAAUAAAGGAGGAAGAGGACGGAAAGUGUAUCGCAGUCGAGUUCGACUCUCGUCGUGACCCCCGUCCCUCGGCCCAAGGCAGGAGCGUCAAGAAGUUCUCCAAUGUCAUUUGUACUAUGUCUUUUGCGUGCUUGCGCAUGGUCGACCUGGACGGCCUCUAUCUCUCAUACGGUCAGAGGAACGCCAUUCGCACCCUCGCCUAUACACCUUCCAUCAAGAUUGGUAUACAGUUCAAGACCGCCUGGUGGGAGAAGCUCGGUAUCGAGGGUGGUCAGUCCUCGACUGAUCGACCCAUCCGAGACUGCGUUUACCCCUCCUACCCGUCCGACUCUACCCAUCCUGGCAGCAAGUACUCCAACUGCAUGAUUGCUGCCUACAAUGGAAUGCAGGACUCUCAGCGCUUGGGUGGUUUGAUGAAAGGCAGGGACACCCCUGAAGAACGUGUCAUGCUCGAACUUGUUAUGCGCGACCUCGCUGCCCUUCACAACAAAGACGUCGACGAGCUCUGGGACCAAUACGAGGACUACUACCCUUGGGACUUCUAUCGCGAUGAAUUCCAACUCGGUGCUUUCUGCCAAUUUGGGCCCGGCCAAUUCGCCAACGUUUACCCUCAUGUCACUCAGCCUGCCUCGACGAAGCAACGCUUCCACUUCGCCGGCGACGCUUGCAGCACUUUCCAUGGAUGGGUCGCCGGCGCUCUCAACAGUGCCUGGCGUGCUGUCCUGGGCAUGCUCAUCGCACACCCUGAGCUCAACCCCAACCCCAACGAGGACAUCAUCGCGAAAUUCAAGAAGGAAUGGGGUGCUACGGAAGAAUGGGACGAGAAGACCCUUGCCAAGCUCACUUACCUCAAUCGCGAAAUCACCAAGUAUGACCUUGAAGCUGCGAACAAGCCUUGA